GGCCGGCGCUGCCCGCGGCUGGGACCGGCCGCUCUCCGCUCCCUUCCUGCCUUUCUUCUCCCCUUUUCCCCAAGAGCGGUGCCUUUUUUCCGCCCCCCUUCCUUCCUCCUCCCUGGGUUAGGCAGCGAUCAAUCCCUCUGGCCGCUGUCUGCCUGAGGAACAGGUGAUUUCUCGUGAGCGGCGCUCGGUUUUUGGAUGCGGCUCGCUCGCCUGCGUGUGAAGGAUGAUGAUACCAGGCAAGACUGAAUCAGCGUAACUUUUACUUGGCAAGAGGAAAAACUUUCUUCCCCGUUUGAAGGCGUUAAAAACACGUACCGUUAAAAAGCAGAAGAAGUUGGUUUUAAAGCUGAACUUCACUUUCCUGGGAUUUGUGUCAGAUUCAAAGGCUGCGUCGUUUUGCUUUUCUUUUUUUUUUUUUUUUUUUUUUUUUUUUUUCCUUCUCUCUUAUCUCCCAAAAGGAAACUGUUGCUAGUUGGAAUAGACUUCUUAAAUGUUUGGAAUUCAAGAUACUUUAGGAAGAGGACCGAUUCUGAAAGAUAAAUCUCUAGGUUCUGAGAUGGAUUCCGUCAGGUCCUGGGUCAGAAACGUUGGGGUUGUGGAUGCAAACGUAGCAGCACAAAGCGGAGUAGCUUUGUCCAGAGCCCACUUUGAAAAGCAGCCACCCUCCAACUUGAGGAAAUCCAAUUUCUUUCACUUUGUUCUGGCUCUCUACGACAGACAGGGGCAGCCGGUGGAAAUAGAGAGGACAGCUUUUGUGGACUUUGUAGAAAAUGAUAAAGAGCAAGGCAACGAGAAGACCAACAACGGCACCCACUACAAACUGCAGCUGCUCUACAGCAACGGUGUCAGGACAGAGCAGGAUCUCUACGUGAGGCUCAUCGAUUCUGUCACCAAGCAGCCAAUAACUUAUGAAGGCCAGAACAAGAACCCUGAGAUGUGCAGAGUGCUGCUCACCCACGAAGUCAUGUGCAGUCGGUGCUGUGAGAAGAAAAGUUGUGGCAACAGAAAUGAGACCCCAUCUGACCCUGUGAUCAUUGACAGAUUCUUCCUAAAAUUUUUUCUCAAGUGCAAUCAGAAUUGCUUGAAAACAGCAGGAAACCCAAGAGAUAUGAGACGGUUCCAGGUGGUGCUAUCAACGACAGUGAACGUGGAUGGGCACGUGCUGGCCGUGUCUGACAACAUGUUUGUGCACAACAACUCCAAGCACGGGCGGAGGGCGAGGAGGCUCGACCCCUCGGAAGCCACACCCUGCAUCAAAGCCAUCAGCCCAAGCGAGGGCUGGACCACAGGAGGAGCCAUGGUGAUCAUCAUCGGGGACAACUUCUUCGAUGGGCUGCAGGUGGUGUUUGGGACCAUGCUGGUGUGGAGCGAGCUGAUCACGCCUCACGCCAUCCGCGUGCAGACGCCGCCCCGGCACAUCCCCGGCGUGGUGGAGGUGACACUGUCCUACAAAUCCAAACAGUUCUGCAAAGGAGCACCAGGCAGGUUCAUUUACACAGCUUUAAAUGAACCUACCAUAGACUACGGCUUCCAAAGACUGCAGAAGGUCAUCCCAAGACAUCCUGGGGACCCCGAAAGAUUAGCUAAGGAAAUGCUGCUGAAAAGAGCUGCUGACCUGGUCGAGGCCCUGUACGGGACCCCCCACAACAACCAGGACCUGAUCCUGAAGCGCGCGGCCGACAUCGCCGAGGCUCUGUACAGCGUUCCCCGCAACCCCGCGCAGAUCCCGGCGCUGUCCAGCUCCCCUGCCCACAGCUCCAUGAUGGGCAUCAACUCCUACGGCAGCCAGCUGGGCGUCAGCAUCUCUGAGUCAGCGCAGGGCAACAACCAGGGUUACAUCCGGAACACCAGCAGCAUCUCGCCCCGGGGGUACUCGUCCAGCUCCACCCCGCAGCAAUCCAACUACAGCACGUCCAGCGGCAGCAUGAACGGCUACAGCAACGUGCCCAUGGGCAACCUGGGCGUGCCCGGCUCGCCCGGCUUCAUCAACGGCUCCCCCACGGGGUCCCCCUACGGAUUGAUGUCUUCAAGUCCCACAGUUGGUUCCUCCAGCACUUCUUCCAUCCUCCCGUUCUCCUCCUCGGUGUUCCCUGCUGUCAAACAGAAGAGUGCCUUUGCUCCUGUCAUCAGACCCCAAGGGUCCCCCUCUCCUGCCUGCUCCAGUGGCAAUGGGAAUGGGUUCAGAGCCAUGACUGGUCUUGUCGUUCCCCCAAUGUAAGGAAGGGGCAGCUUUGCUGCUCUCCCUCUUCCCUUUUUUCCUCCUUUUUUUUUUUUUUUUCAUUUUUCUUUUACAGCACAAAACUACUUAUUGUGAUGGACCACUAAAAAGGAAAAAAUAGCACUACAAGCUCUUUUUUGGGGGAAAGCCAGGCCCAGGAAAAAAAAAAAGAACAUUUUUUAUGGAUUGGACAAGAUAGAAGUCUGCAUCAUUUACCUGUUUCAUAUUUCUGACACAUCCACAUCAACUCCACAAACAUUAGGAAUGAAGAAUCAGCAAGAGCCAGGAUGAACAAGAGUUGGCAGAAUGGAAUUAGAAAUGCAAAGUCUUUCCUGGAAGACAAGGAAACCUUCCUAAGAUUUGUAAAAUAUUCAAAGGAAAAAAAAAAAAAAAGAAAUUGGCAAAAUGAUUCAAGCUUGAUAUUUUGGAUACAAUUUGUUUUACUUUGUAGGGGUAAAAAAAGCUGAAGUUUCUAUUUUCUAUGGAGCCUUUCAGAUAUUGAUUUAGUUUAUGCAGAAAAACAAUUCAACAAAACAGGGUACCAGCAUGAAAGAAUUUCUAGGACAAACUGACAUGAAUGAUGGAACUUGGUGUAUGUGUGUAUUUGCUUAUAGUUUAACCUCUUUAAAAAAUGUAAGAUGUUUUACAAUUAUUUAAAUAAAUAAACUUGUAACUUAUUGUAUGUAGAGGUAGAAAUUAAACCCUUUUUUGGACUUUUUUCCUCCAGUUGUACAAUGAAGAAAGAUGAUGCAAAAAUGUAGUGAUAAGUUUGAGAUAUAUUAUUACUGCUGCAAUUGCUCCUCACUUUCCUCCCCUCUUACUGAAUUCUUGUGCAAGGAUGUAUAGGAUUCUUUCUGAUUAACAAAACCCUCAGAAACUUUUACCUACAUUGUGCUAAACAGGUCAUGUAGGAAUUUUUUCACCCUCCUCAUCUUUUCCUCCCCCCUUUCCAAUUUUUGCUUCAAUUAAAAUAUUCAGGUACUAA